AUGCCAUUGCCGGCAGAGGCCGCACAACUUACAAACUUGCCUGAGACGGCACAUAAACCACCCGUGCUCAUCAUGAGCACAGCAACAUCAGACAGCAUCCAUAAAAUUCUUCGCAUCGAAAAAAUACUUCGCAUCCAAGAAAUCUUCGCAUCCAAAAAAUACUUCGCAUCCAAGAAAUACUUCGUAUCCAAGAAAUCUUCGCAUCCAAAAAAAAUACUUCGCAUCCAAGAAAUACUUCGCAUCCAAGAAAUCGCAUCAAUAGCGCGCAUACGAGCACCAAAAACAUGUCGCUCGUUUGCCCUCGGCGGCGGGAAGGAAGCCGAGCCGACUAGGAGCAGCUACCAAUAAGCUGUAGCUGUAGCAGAACAGCUGUACAAAACACCCGUCAUAGAACAGAACAGCCUUCGUAAAACAGACGUCUCAAAACAGACGUCUCA